AUGACGUCAUGCAGUAGCAGUGACAUGCUGGUUUCUCAGUCUGCAUCAUUGGUACCUUAUGUCAAUAUCACGAUGUUAAAACAUCUCAAACAAGAAACAUCUCAAACAAAAAGCAUUUCAAGAAGCAUCUCAAACAAGAAGCAUCGCGAACAAGAAGCAUCUCAAACAAGAAGCAUCGCAAACAAGAAGCAUCUCAAACAAGAAACAUCUCAAACAAGAAGCAUCUCAAACAAGAAGCAUCACAAACAAGAAACAUCUCAAACAAGAAGCAUCUCAAACAAGAAGCAUCUCAAACAAGAAGCAUCUCAAACAGAAGCAUCUCAAACAAAAAGCAUUUCAAGAAGCAUCUCAAACAAGAAGCAUCUCAAACAAGAAGCAUCUCAGACAAGAAACAUCUCAAACAAGAAGCAUCUCAAACAAGAAGCAUCUCAAACAAAAAGCAUUUCAAGAAGCAUCUCAAACAAGAAGCAUCUCAAACAAGAAGCAUCGCAAACAAGUAGCAUCUCAAACAAGAAACAUCUCAAACAAGAAGCAUCUCAAACAAGAAGCAUCUCAAACAAGAAGCAUCUCAAACAAGAAGCAUCUCAGACAAGAAACAUCUCAAACAAGAAGCAUCUCAAACAAGAAGCAUCUCAAACAAAAAGCAUUUCAAGAAGCAUCUCAAACAAGAAGCAUCUCAAACAAGAAGCAUCGCAAACAAGUAGCAUCUCAAACAAGAAACAUCUCAAACAAGAAGCAUCUCAAACAAGAAGCAUCUCAAACAAGAAGCAUCUUAAACAAGAAGCAUCUCAAACAAGAAGCAUCUCAAACAAGAAGCAUCUCAAACAAGAAGCAUCUCAAACAAGAAGCAUCUCAAAACAAGAAGCAUCUCAAAACAAGAAGCAUCUCAAACAAGAAGCAUCUCAAACAAGAAGCAUCUCAAACAAGAAGCAUCUCAAACAAGAAGCAUCUCAAAACAAGAAGCAUCUUAAACAAGAAGCAUCUCAAACAAGAAGCAUCUCAAACAAGAAGCAUCUCAUACAAGAAGCAUCUCAAACAAGAAGCAUCUCAAACAAGAAGCAUCUCAAACAAGAAGCAUCUCAAACAAGAAGCAUCUCAAACAAGAAGCAUCUCAAACAAGAAGCAUCUCAAACAAGAAGCAUCUCAAACAAGAAGCAUCUCAAACAAGAAGCAUCUCAAACAAGAAGCAUCUCAGACAAGAAGCAUCUCAAACAAAAAGCAUCUCAGACAAGAAGCAUCUCAAACAAGAAGCAUCUCAAACAAAAAGCAUCUCAAACAAGAAGCAUCUCAAACAAGAAGCAUCUCAAACAAGAAGCAUCUCAAACAAGAAGCAUCUCAAACAAGAAGCAUCUCAGACAAGAAGAAUCUCAAAUAAAAAGCAUCUCAAACAAAAAGCAUUUCAAACAAGAAGCAUCUUAA